GCUGCGUCGACGGCGCAGCAAAAGCUCAGCAGCGCGACUUGUAAGUCAAUGCGCCUUGUUCCUUCACUCACGACUCACGACCCACGACUUUUGUUGACAACUCGAUCGCCGCUGCACAUUCACGUCAGUCACUAGCCGGAAGAGAAGGUUGAAAGGGAAUUCAAGCAGCACCAAAGUCCAAAACCACGCUAAAUCGUAACGUUUCGCGUUGCACGGUACCGGUCGCAAUCAGACUCAGCCCCCCCAUUAGCUCCUUCCCAUGCACGCCAUCAGCCAUCAGGUUGCAUCCGUCAAGGUGAAUGAAUGUGUGAAUGAAUCCAGCUCAGUUUACCAGGGCUGGGAAAGGGCAGCUUUCGCAAAAAUGAAGACACGAAUCGUGUAUCAUCACAAAGGACGAAUACAGCAUGAAAGACCAACUAGCUACCUCCCUUGCAGCGUUAUCCGAUGAGCUUCGUACGUGUUGAGGAUAUCAGAGAGUCUGCCGCGCUCUCCGAUGUGGAUGCAGCAGGUAUGUUGGUUGGUCUCUAGCGACGGAAGCAGGGAUUCAGGGGUGAAAUCGUCCCAGUAUGUACCUAGUCUCACAGUAGCGACCCUUUUCCCGGAAUCGCAUACAGAACAGCUAUAGGACCCCUAUGUUCGUCAUGUAGCUCGGUAACGCAGUCGCGCGAGCGCCAGAUAUGAUAUGCAGGCAGGAUGCCAAAGGGCGCAUUUAUCGGUCUGCAGAGGCACAAACAUGCGACCAUCAGAGCAUCUGCCAUCGUAAAUGUCGGGUACAGACGGCACUCGCAUUCUGACUACCUAUACCAAAGGCUUAUCUGCUGUUCUAGCCGCAGCAAGAGCAGAGCGCGAGCCCUGCAAUCCAAGAAGAGCUCGCCUCCAAAAGGACAAAAGAAGCUUGAUGGACGAAUCAAGAAUUGGUUCCCAGUCACCAGUCUUCCAACAUCGCACCUUCCGCUCGCACCUUUCACACAGAGGCCCCGCUUCUCCCCCGUGCGACUUGCACCUCCAUCGGUAAGCGAGAGAACCGAUCACCUACCACAAGGCCAUUCUCAGCACUGAGCACACCUUGCAAAGUGACCAAGAACACAAAUCAAAUCUUUGACCUUGUGCAUUUUGCCUACGCUCUUGCUGCACUCGCAAACUGCCAAAAAGAUGUAUAAUUGCGCAAGGGUGUGAACCUUUUUGAAUGUCGUUGUGUGGGAUGAGAGUCACAUAAGGACUAAACCUCUUCUCGGCCGGUUGCGAUUCGGAUCAAAAGGUUUCGGUGUGAAGCAGAAAGGCAGGCGCGAGGCGAAGGUCGGGAGAGGAUUGGCGAUGUGCUUCGUGGGAAAGUGCAUGAGUGCAUGACGUGAAGGUGGGGAGAUUGAAUUGUAGACGUUUGAGGUGGGCGAGGGCUAUGGGCGGGACUGCAAAAGAAAUGGCUCUUCGGUGGAGAGUCAAAACGCAUCACCUUCCUGAUUUGUCGAGGUGACGGUCCCGUGCUCGCGCGCCAAUGACUGGCGCUGGUCUCCGCCUUCUCUCUCUCGCAGAUCCACAAUCCUGAGCCGCAGAAAGAGAAAAGACUGUGUUGUGACGGUGACCAUCGGAAUCGGAAGUAGUCGGUGGUGGAGAUGCCGCGACCCGUAAAUUAAAGAGCUUCAAGGCUUGGCAGAUGCAGCGAGCAAGGUGAAUCGAUUCGAGGCGGGCGACUCUAUCGUGGGUCU